AUGGCCGCACCGCCCGAAAUCACAUGCACCAACCUGUCGGGCAAGUUUGUCAUGAGCAAGACCCUCUCGGACGAUGUCGACUCGAUGCUUGCCCUUCAAGGGCUGAGCUGGUUUACGCGCAAGGCAGUUAAGCUUGCCACUGUUGUUCUCACGAUCAAAGAAUACAAAAAAGACGGGCUCUACCACAUCGACAUCAAAUCCGUGGCCUCGGGGCUCGCAUCAAGCCAAGAGAACCGCACACUCAACUGGCAGCUGAACGACCACACGGACCGCAUCUUCGGCAAAGUGAAAGGGAAAUCACGGAUGUGGAAGACGGGCGAAUUCGUCAUGGAAGGGCCUGCUGGCUCCGAGGAAGAUGCGGCGUUCUUGAGAGGUGAGACGCUCAAGGAUGGAAAGACGGCGUCCAAGUACCUCGACGACGAGCAUGUUCAGAAUUGGGUGCAGAAUGUCGAUGGCGGAGAGUGGAUUGCUGAGCAGACUUGGGGGUUCGAGGAAGUCAAUGGUGAGAGACGACAUACGAGGCGCGUGGUGGUCUGGAAGAAUGGGAAGGUUGAACGCGCGAGGCUGGUGUAUGAUUACAAGGGCCCGGUCGAGGCAGAGGUUGAUGAAGACGAGGCUCUGGCUUAUGAAGAGUGA